CGGAUAGCAGUUUCGAUUCUGCAGACUUGAUUUGUGAACUGAGUGCUGGCGGUGAUGAACAAGCACUCAAGACUGCUCUCGAAACUUUAGAUGGAAGUCUGGACGCGCGCGACGAGCAAGGCUUGACGCCCCUGCACCACGCCUGUCGCACUGGCAAUGAACGUAUCGUGGAAGUGCUGCUGGCUCACAUGCCCGACCACAAGCUCGCCCAGCGGCUGGCGGUGUUGCCGGCGCCGCUACACCACGGCGCCUCGCCGCUGCACUUCGCAGCGCAGCACACGCAUAGCGCGGCCGUGCUGCACCUACUGCUGGAGCGGUUGGGCGCACUGGGCGACACCUCAGGUGACACCUACAACAGCGCCGCCGCGGCCGGCUUGGCGGCACCUGCCGCUGGCGGCGGCUCGGGGUCAGCGGUGGCGGCGGCGGCGGCUGAGCUACUGGAUGUGGUGGAUGACCGGCAGCAGACGCUGCUGCACUACGCAGCCGCGGCAGACAACGCGCCGGCGCUGGGCCUGCUCCUGCCGCACUUCGGCCGCCGGCUUGGCGUGGACGCGCGCGACGCCGCUGGCGCCACGCCGCUCGCGGCGGCGGCGGCGGCGCGCGCCACGGCGGCGGCAGGUUGCCUGCUGGCGGCUGGCGCCGGCCUGGUGCCUGCGCCGCCGCGCGGCUGGAGCCCGCUUCACUUCGCAGCCAUGCACGACAACGAUGCAAUGCUGCGGCUACUGUUUGAACAUGCUAAACGCGCCAGCGGCGGCCGACCGGCGGCGGCGCUGGCGGAGCUUAAUGCGCCGGACGCGGAGGCGCGCCGCACGCCGCUGCACGUGGCGGCGGAGUACGGCUGCGCGGCGGCGGCGGCGGCGCUUCUGGAUCUGGGCGCGGACCCUACACGGCGUGAUCAGUCUGGAUCCACGCCGCUGCACCUGGCGGCGGAGCGCGGCUGGGGCGAGGUGGCUGCGGUGCUGGCGCGCGCGACGGCGGCUGCUGCGGCUGCUGCCGGUGCCGCCGCUGGCGCCGCCGCCGCACGCAGCAAGACCGGCGCGGGUGCAGCAAGCACGGCGGCGGCGGCGCGCAUCGAGCGGGACUGGGCGGCGGCGGCGACGGCGGACGCGCUUCGGGCCACGCUGUUCAGUGAUGCGGGUCUGGCGCCCAUGCACCUUGCGGCGGCGGCCAACUCGGUGUCGGCGCUGGGGCGGCUGGCGGAGGCGGGGCACAGCGUGGAGGUGCGGGCGGUGCUGCCGGCCGUGAACGCGCCGGCGGCGGUGCGGCGGCGGUGGCGGGGCUGCUCCAGUUGGACGCCGCUGCACUUCGCGGUGGCGGCGGGCGCUGUCCGCGCCGUGGAGUGCCUCCUGUCGGACCUGGGUGCUGACCCGCACGCCUCCGCGGUGGGCGUGUCGCCGUACGACCUAGUCGUCGCGCUGGCAGGCGACCAACCGCCGCCGCCGUCCGAGGAGGCCGAUGACGAGGAGCCCGACGGCUCAGUGGCGGCGGUUGGCGGCGCGUGGUCGCCGUUCGGGCCGCUCAGUGAGGACACUGCGGUGCGGCUGCUGCUGGUGUUUGCAAAGUUCCUGCACCCGGAGGAGGACGUUGUGGGCGCGGCAGUGCAGGCGGCGGGCGCGGCUGGCGCGGCGAUGGAGGAGGUGGUGCCGAUGGGGUCGGCGGCGGCUGGAGCCGCUGCCACUACGCCCUCCGAGCUUGGCGGCUGGCGCCCUGGUGGUGAGUUGUCGGUGUCGGGUGGCGGUCCGGCAGCGGGGCUGGGGGCCGCAGUUGCAGUGGCAGCGGGAGGGCAGCAGGCGCAGGGGACAAAGGCGGCAACAGCACAGCGACCACAGCCACAACUGCAGCAGCCACAGCAGCUGCCGCAGCAGGACCUAGCAAAGGGCGGUGCAGGACCGUCCAAACCGCCGGCGUCUCGGCCACCUCUACCCCAGACGCAUUCACCAGCCGCGUCCGGCGCUGGCCCCAGCCGUCCUCCUCCUCCGCCUCCUUCUUCAUCCACCACCGCCACCUACGCCCUCACGUCUGCCGCCUUCGGCAGCAGCGGCAGCGGCCGUGCACCGCAAUCGGAAAAGCUAGCAGAUCUGCGGCCGCCGCAGCCACAGCCGCCACAGCCGCCGCGGCCUCCGCCAUCGCACACGCAGAAGCAGGUGUCGUACAUCAGCGACCGGCUUCGGGGCCAGAACCUCGAGCGCCUGGAGGACAAGUCUGACGACCUUCGGCACCAGGCGGGGGUCUUCCAGCGCAAGGGCAGGGCGCUCAAGAAGAAAACGUCGCUGUGGGACGCCUUGAAGGGGCUGGUGGGCGGGACCAAGAAGCCUGCCUUGCCGCCCGCGUCUUCGCCCACCUCUUUGCGGAAGGGUGGAGCCACCUCGUCCAUGCCAAGCCCCCUGCCGCCGCGGGGCGGCAUGCUCAGCUCCCAGGGCGUGUCGCCGGCGUUCGCCGCCGCCGCGUCGGCAAUGGCGAAGGCGGCGGCGGCGCGCGCCGCGGCGCGCGCGGAGCGCGGCGACGAUGCUGACGUGGACUCUGACUUCGAGAGGCUGAAGCGCGACAACCGCGAGAGCCUGCAGGAGCUGGAGCGGCAAAAAGAGGGGGAGCAGGAGCAGGAGCGGGGCCCCGCGCUGGGAUCGGCGGCAGUGCUUGGGCCGGGGUCAGAAGGGCAGCCGGCGGCGGAGGAGGACUUUGCGAUCUCGCAGCAGCAGGAGGGCUGGGGAGGCGGCGGGGCGUCUGGGCCACUGAUGCAGUCUGUGGUGCGGCCGCCGGCACCGCAGCCGCGCCCGCCGCCAGCCGCAUCGAGUGCGAGCCUGGCGGAGCCGCGGAGCCGACGUGGCAAGGCGCAACACAACGAGUCGCACGUGCACAAGGAGGAGUCGAAGGCGGCAGCGGUGGAGGAUGCGGACGAGGAGGACGCGGUGGGGGCGCAGUGGCGGGCGCUGCAGGCUGAGUCGGCUGCGGACUCGAGGGUGGUGUCGCACGCAGCAGCGGCGGCGGCGGCGACGUCAGCGCCAGCGGCGGCGGUGCCACCGCUGGAGCAGCGGGCAUCCGCAUCUCUCAGGAUGCCUGAUGACGUGCAGGCGGCUGAGGACGAGGAGGAGGAGGGGGAGGAGGGCGGUGUGGUUGCAUCCAAGGGCACAUACUAUAAGCCACGUAAGAUGGCAGCGAUGCGAGCCAAGAAGAAAACCGCGCCGCAGCCAGAGAUGGCGGCAUUGGACGACGAAGCGGCCGUGUCGCUGCCGGCGCCGGAGCCAGUGGAAUCGCCGACGGGGCUGCUGGUGGCGCGUGAUGAAGCCUCACCGCCGCUGCGCGGCCGCCGCCGCCGCAGCUUCGCCCGUGCGUCGCUCAGUGAAGAGGAGCGCGAGGCGCGCACAGGUGGCCCGCCAGCGUCAAUGGGGAUCACGGCGGCGGCGGCGGCCACGGCGGCGGCCACGGCGGCGGCGCCGUCGGAGGAAGGCGACGAAAGCAGCCACCGCAGCGGCCGCCGCCUCAUGUCCCUGGCGACGUACGACGCGCAAGAUGGGCUGGAGGAGCAGAGCUUCGGCACUGCCGGCAGCGCGGCCACUGCCGGUGGGGCUGCCGCCGGCGGCGGUGCCGCGCCUGCAGCCGACGUCUCCGUCGCGGAGCACGAGCAGAUUGAGUCCUACUACAGGGAGCGCCUGGACGCAGAGGACGCAAGCGCAAAGGCUUCCGGCCUCACUGGCGACGACGGCAGCAGCAGCGUGGGCGCGCGCUUCCGCAGCGCCGUCACGUCAGUCAUGGGCGCCUUCUCCCGCGGCGGCCGCCGCCGCCGCGGCGCCGCCGGCCCGCCGCGCGCCAUGAAGUUGAUGGCGGCGGCGCCGUCCGAUGACGACGACUACGGUGGCAUGUGGUCGGGUAGCGCGCCGAAAGCGCGGGACAGGGAUCGUGACAGCGGCAGGGACGGGGUGCGGCUCGACGUGCCAGUCGGUUCCGCGGCGCCGCAGCUGGGCAGUGAUGACAGUGGCGGCGGCGGAGGGGCAGGCUUGGAAGGGGAGGAGGUGCGCAUGUCCACGCAGCGGCUGGCGUCAGGCAUGGCGAGUCUGUCGCUGGCGGCAAACAUCGGUCGCGAGGAGGAGGAGCAGGAGGAGGAGGGAGGAGGGGAGCCGACGUUUGCCGCCGUGGCGGCGGCAUCAGCGUUUGAGCUGGGGAUGGCGCGCAUAUGUUCCGGCAUGGGCGAUGCGGCUUUGGCAGCAGGAGCAGCGGCAGCGCCGUUGCAGCAACAGCAGCAGCAACAGCAGCAGAUUCAACAACAGAUGGGGCCAUCCUUCAACGCCAUCCAACCCACUCCCGCUUUCCGUCCCUCCAUCCCCGUCCCCGCCCCCGCUGCGCCGGUCCCCGCGCCCCUGGCGGCGCCGGCCCGCCUGCCUCCGCCCCCUCCGACAGGCGCCGCCCAACACCUCCGUGAGCGCUACGGCGAGGAAGGCGCGCUGGCAGCACCCGCCCCCAUCGCGGCUGGCAGCCUCCCGCCGCUGCCGCCGCCGCUGCCCGGCGCCGCCGCCGGCGCCGCCGCCGGCACCGGCGCGUCGCCAUUCGCCAUGAUGGGCGCGAAGCGCGCAGCUGUGCCGCCGUCGCCUUUUGCCAUGUCGCUACAGCCGGCGCAGGCUGCAGCGGUCGGCAUGCCUGUGCAGCUGCCGCCGUUCCCGGGCUCUACCGCCUCCGCAGCCGCAGCCGCUGCUCCCGCGCCCGCACCAGCUGCAGCCGGAUCCGCAGCCGCCGCUUCACCUCACGUAAACCUAUUCAUGGUGCAGCCGCCGGUGCCGCCACGGGCGGCGGCUCCACUGGAUGUUGCUGCUCCUGCAGGCGCCUCGCCCUUCGCCGGCUACGCGGCGCAGCCGGCGGGCGCAUCACCCUUCAGCUCGGCUGUGGCGGCGGCGCAGCCGCCGGCGCAGCAGGCUUACGCGCACACGCCGCAGCCGCCGCAGCCACGCCCCACCGGGGGCGCGGCCACUGCCGUGUCGCCUUUGAACAGCCCGUGGGGCGCCUCCACGCUGAACCGCGCCAUCCUGCGUGGGCCGCAGCGGGUGGUGGAGAUGCUGCUGCAGACGCUGCCGCCGCGGCAUGCGGUCGUGCGGCUGGUGCCCAGCGCCGCCGCGCCGGCGCCAGGCGGCGCUCGGGCUGGCGCGGCGGGUGGUGGUGCUGGUGGUGGUGGUGGUGGUGGUGGUGGCGGGCAGCCGCAGCUCCGUGCGGUAGUGGAGUACCUUGGGAAGGAGCUGGAAGGGCUGACGCUGACGGCGAAUGCGCCGAGCAACCCCGCCGCGGCGCUGGCACGCCGCCUGGGGCAGCUGUCGCUGGCAGCCGCCGCCACCCCCGGCAGCGCGGGCCCACACGGCUCCGCCCACCAUCACACCCCCGCCAGCCCGGGCCCCUUCAGCCCCUACACGCCCAGCCCUUCCGCCGCCGCCGCUCUCAGCGGCUCCUACGGCUCCGGCGCCCUCGGGCUCGGCCUGCCAGGCUCAGGCUCCGCCGGUGGGUACGGCUACUGCCCGAGCCCCGGCGUGUCAACGGGCGGCGUGGGCGCCGCGGCUACCACCCUUGUGUCGGCAGCGACGGCGGCAUCGGUCACGCUGCCGUCGGCGGUCCGGGGACUGCUGGAGCUGGCACCUCCAGCGGCGGCGGUGCCGGCGCCACCGGCAGCGGGAGCCGGAGCGGAGGGCGAUGAGCAGUGGCCGACGUACGUGACGACGUCGGCGAAUCGCGACGUCGCGGCUUGGCUGGCUGUGGAGGGCGUGGCGGAGGCGGCGGCGGGCUGGGCAGCGGUGGAGGUCCAGGCGGCGCCUGUGGCGGCGGCUGCCGGUGGCGGCGGCGCAAUGGGUGGUGGCGCCGCCGGCGCCGGGCACCUUUGGCUGGGCGUGGGCCCGCAUCCCGACUCGAUCGGCUCUGCGUCGGCCGCCGGCUCCCGCCGUGCUAGCGAGACGGCGGGCCACGGUGGCGGCGCGCUCAGCAGCGCCGACUCGGCCGUUGCGUCAACCGGCGGCAUCCCCAGCGGCGGCUCUGUACUGAGCGGUUGCAGUACGAUAGGCGACGCGCCGCUGGCGGGCGCCCAUCUCGUAGAUGUACGGGAGGGGCACGUGCUGGCCGCGCCGCCUGCGGGCGCCGCCGCCGGAGGCGGCGGCGGGGCGGGCCGCGGCGGUGGUGGUGGUGGCGGUGGCGGCGGCGGCGGCGGGCAGCGCAUUAAGCAGCUGCAGCUGCCGGCGGCGGGCGGGCGCGCGGGGUUGCUGUGGGACAUCCUCGGCCGCACCCUCACCGCCGUCGUGAAUGGCCGCGCGCCCGUCCUCAUCGCGGAGGAUCUGCCUCCCCUGCUCCCCACGGCGGCGCCGCCCGGCGCUGGUCCCGCCUCCACCGCCACCUCCGCUGCCGCCCUGUCCGCGCUGGUGCCGCUGGUGGGCGUGCAGCUGCCCGGCGGCUGCCGCCUGACGCUGCGCUGGGGCGGCGGCGGCAGCGGCUUCGCGCUCAGCGGCCGCUGCGGCUGUGUGGACGACAUGCUUGCGGCGGCGCAGGAGGCGGCGGCGCGGCGGCGGGCGCCGGGCGGCGCGGCGGCGGCCGGCAGGGACGUGCUGUUUCCGAGCAAGGAGCCCACGAUGACCAGCCUCCAUUUCGCGGCGUGGAGCGGCAACCUGCGAGUGCUGCCUCAGCUGAUCCGUGCCAAGGGCUUCCACCCCGACGAGCCUGACGCGGACGGCUGGACGGCUCUGCACUUCGCAGCCCUGGCGGGGCAGCCUGCUGCGGUGGCUCAGCUGCUGGACCUGGGUGCCACCCCCGACGUGGCCACCUGCCACGGCCGGACGCCAGCCAUGAUGGCAGCGAGCACGCGCCUGUCUGCGGGCGGCGCCGCCGCGGCCGCCGAGUGCCUGCAGCUGCUGCUGGAGCCCCGCGGUGCCGGAGGAGGAGGCGGCAAGGACCCGGCUGCUGCGGCGGCGGCACUGCGUCAGCAGCUGCAUGCGCGCGACGGCCGCGGCCGUACGUUGCUGAUGCUGGCGGCAGAGGGCGGCAACCUGCAGGCCGUGGCGUGGCUGCUGGGCAAGGGCCUGGACCCGCUGGCUGUGGACGGCGACGGGCGCAAGGCGCAGUUCUACGCCGCCGCAGCCGACCACACCGAGGUCUACGACCUGCUGGAGGAGGCAGCGGGAGGCGCCAUCAUCCAGCGGGCGGGCGGCACCGCGCCGCCGCUGCCGGCGGCGGCAGGCACCGCUGCCGCCGCCACGGGCUCGGGCGGCGCCGGCUCAGGCGGCAGCAACGACGUGGCUGCCGGCGGCCGCGACCAGCACCCCCAACACGCCCACCACCUCCAGCAGCACCCGCACCAGCAGGCGGCGGGCGACGCCUUCGCAGUGGUGGGCGGCGGCGUGCUGCGGCCCUGGAACUGGGUGCUUCAGGGCGAGGACGUGACGUGGGGCGCGGUGCUGGGGGACGGCGCCUUUGGGGAGGUGUUCGCGGGCAUGUACCGCGGAGUCAAGGUGGCCAUCAAGCAGCUGAAGCCACACCUGACGGCGCGCGAGCAGGCCACCCUGGAGAAGGAGCUGUCCAUCAUGCAGGGCCUGCCUGCCAACGAGCGAGUGGCUGCCUUCAUAGGGGUGGUCACCCGCCCCGACGGCCUGCGCGGGCUGGUCAUGGCGCGCUACUCCAACAACCUGCACCGCCUGUUCACCACACGUGACCCGCGCCUGAACGCCCGCGCCAGGUUCAUCGCCGCCUGGCAGAUGGCAGAGGGCCUGCGCUUCCUGCACAACCACCGAGUCAUCCACCGCGACCUCAAGCCCGACAACGUGCUGGUCACCGAGAAGCUGGACGUCAAGCUGUGUGACUUCGGUCUAAGCCAGGUGCUGGCGGGUACAGCCAGCGAGGUGGCCAGCACACAGGGCGCCGGCCACGCCUUCUGGAUGGCGCCAGAGCUGCUGCGCGGCCAGCCCUACGAUUACAAGGUGGACGUGUGGAGCUGGGGUGUGGUGCUUUACCAGCUGGCCACCUGGGUGGACGAUGAGGUGUAUGCCGGGACACGGCGCGAGACGCUGGUGUACCACUGGACGACACCCGGCGGCAACCCGCCCCGCCUCACCGACGCGCUGCCGCCCGGCCUGCACCCCGAGCUGGUGUCGCUGCUGCAUGACUGCCUGGCCGAGGCGCCCUCCGCCCGGCCCGACAUGGGGGCGGUGAUGAAGCGUCUGGCGGCGCUGCCGGUGCGCGAGUUCACGCGGCCGCCGGCCCCGGUUGAGACCGGUGGCGUGAGCGGUGGUGGGACAGGAGGUAGCAGCGCUCGUGGGGGCUUCUUCGCGUGAUCUAUGGCAGGCUCGGGACAACUGUUUUUGGGAACAGGUUAGGCGGGAUAGACAUGUGGAAACCCGGACGCUUCAGUCAUCAGGAAAGGGCACUGGGAGAUUUUGUCAUUCAGGAACGUUGCAUGCGGUAGGGUUGGCAGGCUUGGAAGAGUGGCUUGAUUCUGGGAUGAGCGCAUGGCGUGGGCGCAAGCUAGGGAGAGGACUUGGUCUGGGCAUGUGUGGGGUUUAACUGACUGUUAUAAGGCCAAACUUGCCGAUAAAUGCUGCUUGAGGAGGUGCAGGCCUAGGAGCAGAGCGCCAGAGUGCAGACGGAGAAUCCGCAACCGCAAGGGUCUUCGGCGGUGGCCCGAAGGGCUCAUGUUGUGUGCAUACAUGUUUUAGCCCAUGCCGUUUGGCCCCGUUUUCAGGUCGACAUAGCGUCAUCCACAUAAGUGUUUAGUAAGGACUACUACUGAUCGCCAGUAAUAUGUAUCCUGGGGCAGGAUACGAGAGUCUACUGUGGAGCGGGGUGGUGGUUGAGAUGGGCCGAUGGGGCGUUGAACGUGCAUGUGACGAUGCGUUCACGUGGCUUGUGUUUGCGACUGUAAAUGACCUCAGCC